AUGCGGCUGCUCAUUCUUGCUCUCGCAGGCUUCGUCGCCUACGCCACUGCCAUGUCUCCAGAAGACGUGAAGAAGAAUGCCUUGGCUGCAUUGGAGAUUGUCCCGCUGGGAACAACCCCCGAGAAGGUUCAGAACGGCAAGGACUUCUAUAAAUAUUUCUUUACCAACCACCAGGAAAAUCGCAAAUACUUCAAAGGUGCUGAAAGCUUCACCGCCGACGACGUUCAGAAGAGCGAUAGAUUCACGAAACUUGGCACUGGUCUACUGAUGUCCGUGCACAUUCUUGCCAACACCUACGACAAUGAGAUGGUCUUCCGCGCCUUCGUUCGUGACCUCAUGGACCGACACAAGGACCGAGGAGUUGACCCCAAACUGUGGAAGGGAUUCUGGGGAAUCUACGAGGCCUUCCUGGAGAGCAAGGGAAAGGCGCUGUCUGCUGACCAGAAGGCUGCCAUCGAUGCUAUUGGCACAAGAUUCAACGAAGAAGCUCAGAAGCAACUCGCUGUCCUCGGACUGCCUCACACGUAA